AUGUCACCAGAUGAAACACAACAAACCUCGAAGUCUGCUAAAGACAACAGCAUCAACAACCAACCAGGUUCUGGUGGUCGGAAAACAUCUUCAUCAACAUCUUCCUCCACAAAACCACAGGAACAAAACAUGAAGUGUCCAAGAUGUGACUCACCCAACACAAAAUUCUGCUACUACAACAACUACAGCUUAACACAACCGAGACAUUUCUGCAAAACAUGUAGAAGAUAUUGGACAAAAGGUGGAGCUUUACGCAAUGUUCCAAUCGGUGGUGGAUGUAGAAAAAACAAGAGAGUGAAAUCAUCAUCAAGACUCUCUUGUGAUUCAAAGGAUUCCGCUACUUCUUCUUCAGAGUUUGUUGGUGGUUUGAAAUUUCUCCAUUCUCUUUCUUCUCCUUCCAUGGAUUUUCAUCUUGGUAAUGGUUUACCUUUUCCUAGGCUUCAACUUCAGCACCACCCUCCUUUAUUUAAUCAUUUUCCUUCUUAUGGAGAAACUUCUUCUGCUAUGAAUUACCCUGCUACUUCAAAUUCUGUUGCUGCUAUGAAUUACCCUUUUUCAACAGGUAAUAGUAAUUAUAAUGGUGCAAUUCAAGGUUUGAGUUCAAUGAAUAUCAAUCAUGGUAACAAUAACAUUGCUUCUUCUAUUGAGUCAUUGAGUUCCAUGAACCAAGACUUGCACUGGAAGCUACAGCAACAGAGAUUAUCCAUGCUGUUUGGUGGAGAAAACCAGAAAGAUAAUAACAAUCAGACAGAGAAACCACUACAACCUAUUUUGUUUCAGAAUCUCGAGGUUUCAAAACCAGCUGGUGGGAAUUUCUCUGUUGGAAAUUCAAGAAGAGAAGGUACGAAUGGCGGAGGAGAUACACCGACUGAGUGGUUUUUCGGUAAUUCUUAUGGUUCUGCUGCUGCUACACCUACUGCAAGUGGUGGAGCUGGUCAUGAUAAUGGAAGCAACUGGAAUGGUGGUGGUGUUCAUGCUUGGAAUGAUGUGCAGCAGCAAUAUAGUGCUAUGCCCUAG